UUGCCGUUCCGUACCCCCACUUAGUUUCAUGUUAUGUUUCUCGAUACAUUGUGCUAGAAAGAGAUACCGCAAACCAGUCGAAGAGAUCUUGUCGUCAGUGGUGGCGGAGUGAGGGCUCACUCUAUGUUAAUAUAUACCUCUAUGAUGGUAAUACUAUAUUAUUAAUCUAUGGUUCAUUGGUUUUGUGUGCCAACCAAAGAUCACGUGAUUUAACUUUGACAGGUCGAUGGAUUCCCUAAUACAGUUUACAGUAUCAAUCAUAGAAAAGAAGAAAAGAGGGUUAAGUUUAAGUUAAGUGUCAAUUAAUUUUUUAUUUCAAGACUUUCUGAAUUUUGAAUUGUUUGUAGUUUUUUGUAGUAUAGAAAGAUUUCUCUUUUGUAAAGUGUAAACUACCAAACUAGUUUUCGUAAAAAAUAAUGAACACAACACCACAACAUGCGUAACCUUUCAACUUGUCUUAAAAAUCUAUUUUGUUGCAGUUAGGAAUCCCUAACUAAAGUUUGUAUUGCAGUGGCCUAUAUAUAGGUCUAUAUAUAAGUUGACUAUUAUAUCACCACAGUUUAAUCAAUUGAGAUUCUAUAUUCGUUGGUUUAAUGCUAAUCCAGUUUUUAUCUUUUUAAAUUAUUGUAAUUGGAAAAGGGGCUCAACAUUCCCCAGGUAAUGAUUCGGUUCCUGUAAAUUCUAAUGUUAACAACAGCCUUUACAAUAAUCUAAAUCACAGCUUACACUGCCCAGAAAAUUCCCCAGAAACAAAGAAAGUUUAAAUGUUAUUCAGUAAAUGGUAAUGGACCUGUUUGUAUACUUAGAAUCAUCAAAUACACAAUUGUUUCAAUGGAUCUUUGCAUAUGCACGAAAUUCAUGAAUUAUUGUUUAUACUAGGGGUCUCUUUUUACUUACAGAAACUAGCAUCGCAAAAUUAAGCCACUUGGCCAUAGAAACCACAAUAAGUUAAACAAGGAUAAGCGAUACAUUUUACUGGCAACCAUCACUUUUGUCUUCAUCAUACGUUGUGGUAAUCCUAUUAACUAGAUGUUGAAGUUCUUCACCCUGUCAUCUGAGUAUUACAAAGUAUUAAUAUUGACGCCAUUAAUUUUGAUACUACAUUGAACAUUAUCCACUGCUUUUUUGAAAACGAACUCAGCAUAGAUGUUAAAUAUUAGUGGAGACAAAAUGCAGCCAUGCCUUACUCCUCUUCGUAUUUCAAGCUCCUAAGAAGUGUCCUGGCCAAUCCUGAUGGUUGCAUGUUGAUGCCAGUGAAGAUUUUUAAUAAUGCCUAGGUCUUUUAUCAUCAAUACCCACCUGCUGAAGAAUGGCAAUCAUUUCAGUAUGUUUUAAUCGAUCAAAGGCCUUCUCAAAGUCAAUAAAACACAUAUAGACUGGAUGUCUGACAUCUCUGCAUCUCUGUACCAUAACCUGAAUACUAAAUAGUGCUUCUCUGGUUCCAAGGGUAUUGCUGAACCCAAACAGUGUAUCACCAAGUUGUUCUUCUAUUUUUUUGGUACAUCGUAGAGUGCAAAAUUCAUAGAAAUGUAGGAUUGUAAAUAGUUUACCUUAUAUUUUAAAUUCCCCUGUAUAUCAUUUUUCUUAAUUAUUAGUACGAGAACGGGAUAAGGGUCUCACAUAUGGACGUUGGCACAGAUGUGCAUAACGAAUUGGGGAUUACGGCGACGGUAGAGGACUACUUUUAAUUUUUUGUAGUUUUGGGUUAUUGAAAGAUGUCGGUAUAUGCUUUGAACCAAUUUUAAUAGGGUUGUUUCACAGGUAAAAGGAGAUUAGCCUAAGAUGGUUUGUUUUAGCGUAGGGAAAGAGAACGAAUACAUUCAGUCGAUCAUAACAUCACAGCGACCAUAGACGCAUUUCUUAGGUAUAAUACUUAGAAAAAGACUAAUUAAGACGGGUAUUAUAUUGAUUAGACGCAAAUUAUCUAUAAAUACAUUUCAUUUUUGUAAGCAUAAGAACACGUAAGAUUUUGGUCGUAAUUACACUUUUACACUUUUACAUUUCGUCAAUUUAAUAGUAUCAGUAAUUUAGUUAUCUAUUUUAUUAAUUAAAACUGUUAAACAUCAAACGGACUUUUAUUACGGUCGUCUUUAAAGAAAACCUAUAGAAAUAUCUUUAAAACAUGACUUAUCAGGCUGAUGGUUCGGUAGUCACUACAUCUUUUCAAAUUUGCUUUUUUAGGUAAAGUCACAAAAGUCGACAGUAGCCAAUCCGUUGGUAUAUAGCAGAAAUACAUAUGAUCAAGUUAAAUCAAAUGGACGUGAAACCAGAAUUUAAUGAGAAUAAAUGUAAAACAGAAAUAUAUAAUAAUGAGCUGGAAAAUAGUCUUCUGGAUAUCAACAAGAUUGAGAUUAAGGAAGAGCCCAAGACAGAAAAUGCAGAUGACACAUUUGAUUAUUUAGACUUAAAGGAAUACCCUAUAAAGACAGAAAUAGAUGAAGAUAAAUUUACGCCAGUUGAAGAAAAACAAACAAAUGCAUUAGGUUUCUUUUGUGAAGAUUUACAAAAUGAUGCAACCAACAUAAUAAAAGAGGAUACUGUAAUUGAAGAACAGGUAUUCAUUUGUAAAAUUUGUCCUAAAGUGUGUUUAACGAAUUCAUCCUUACAACAACACAUGAGAGUCCACCAUCGGGAAAAACCUUUUGAAUGUGAAAUUUGCAAAAAAGUGUUUUCAGUCAAUUUUUCUUUAAAAGAACACAUGAGAAUACACACUGGGGAAAAACCAUUCACGUGCAACAUAUGUUUCAAACAAUUUUCACUAAGAUCUACUUUAAAAGAACACAUAAAAACGCAUACUGGAGAAAAACCAUUUAAAUGUAAAAUAUGCACCAAACAGUUUUCGCGAGGUACUCAUUUAAAAACACACAUGAUAGUGCACACUGGGGAAAAGCCUUUUACUUGUGAAAUAUGUAAGAAACAGUUUUCACUCAGAUCUACUUUAAAAGCACACAUAAAAACGCAUACUGGAGAAAAACCUUUUAAAUGUGAAAUUUGCACCAAAGGUUUUUCACAAUGCCAUUCUUUAAAAGAACACAUGAGAGCGCAUACUGGGGAAAAACCAUUUAUGUGCGAAAUAUGUACCAAACAGUUUUCGCGAGGUACUCAUUUAAAGUCACAUAUGAAAUUGCACACUGGGGAAAAGCCUUAUAAAUGUGAAAUUUGCACCAAACAGUUUUCACAAAGUUCUGAUUUAAAAAGCCACAUGAGAAGGCAUACUGGAGAAAAACCAUUUACAUGCAGUAUAUGUUUCAAACAAUUUUCACACAGAUCUACUUUAAAAGCACACAUAAAAAUGCAUACUGGAGAAAAACCUUUUGAAUGUGAAAUUUGCAUGAAACGGUUUUCACUAAGUUUGUUUUUAAAAGAACACAUGAGGACUCACACUGGAGAAAAACCAUUUAAAUGCGAAAUAUGCUCAAAACAGUUUUCGCAAAGUAAUCAUUUAAAAUCUCAUAUGAAACUGCACAAUAGGGAAAAGCCUUGUGCAUUGGAGUGAUAAACUACCCCAGAUAAUUGAAAUAAUAUUGAAAUCGUCGGGCCCCACGUUGGGCGCCAAAUUGAAAUAAUGAAAAAAUAAUAUUUCAAUGAAAUAUGUAACAACUUGUGAAAUAUGUAACAACCUGCAACCAAACAACUUUCUGUAAAGGAAGUUCAAAAUGAACUUCUUUCAAAAUGAACUUCUUAAAUCCAGGAAAAUCUCUAGGGAUCGACAAAGUAACCUCCAAAAUGCUAAAAGAACUGCCAAGCAGAGGAGUCAUACUCAUAAUGUACAUUUUCAAUGCUAUCUUGAGACUAAACUACUGGCCGAGGCAACUCAAAACAGCAGAAAUAAUUUUAAUACUGAAGGCAGGCAAAAACCCAAACGAAGUUUCAUCGUAUCGACCAAUCAGCUUAUUGCCAGCCAUGUCAAAAGUACUAUACCCUGUCUACUGAGCAUACGGAGUACUCAGGUGAAUAAAUCACAAUAUUUCUUCAAAAUACCUUAAGUCACGCCUUGGUACAUAAUACUCAUAACAAGGUAUUUGGUAUAGUCGGUUCGCUAAACUCAGACGCAACUGGCUAGAUAUUUAAGUCGAUAAUUUUUUUGUUUUUUGCCAAAUUUGCAAAAACUGGCAAAAUUACUAACUAUUUAGUGAUUAUUAACUAUUUAGUAACUAUUUUUUGCCAAUUUUACUAAAAUUGGCAAAAUUACCGACUAAAAUAUCUAGAAAUUUGCGUCUGAGUUUAGCGAACAGACUAUAUUGGUGUUAUCGGUAUUGUGUACAUGCAAGUGAGCUAAGGUAUUUUGAAGAAAAAUUGUGAUUUAUUCAGGUGAUUACUCCGUCUGUUCGGUAGACAGAGUAUAGUAGACUCGGUAGACUCAUACUUCAAAGAAUAAAUAAGGAAGUACUCCCUGAGGAUUGAAUUCCAUCACACCAAUUUGGUUUUCGACAAGGCCACUCAACAGUUCAGCAAAUACAAUAAAUCUAGCAAUAGAACAAAAACAAUACUGUCCCUCAGUAUUCUUGGAUGUUAGCCAAGCCUUUGACAAGGUUUGGCAUGAUGGACUAUUAUAUAAAAUAUCUAAAAUCUUUCCACUAUCCUUCUAUCGAGUGCUCGAAUCAUAUCUUCAUGACAGACAGUUUAUUGUAAAAGUGAAUGAUGAAUAUUCGCAAAAAUUCCCAAUCGAGGCCGGAGUCCCGCUUAGGCAGUGUCUUGGGUCCCAUUCUAUACAUCAGACAUUCCUACGUCCACCACACUGUCAUAGGAACCUUUGCGGACGACACCGUCAUCUUAGCAAUUCACCAAGAUCCUGUAGAAGCUUCAAACAUCCUACAAAAUGACCUAGAAAAUUGGGUCAAAAAAUGGAAAAUUAAAAUAAAAGAGGCUAAAUCCAUCCACGUCAACUUUACUACAAGAAAAGAUCAGUGUCCAUCACUAUACAUACAUAACAAAAUUAUUGAUAAAAACAACUCUUCCAAAUACCUCGGCAUACAUCUAGACUCUAAACUUACUUGGAAAGUGCACAUAACAAAGAAGAGAAAACAAAUCGACAUGAAAGUCAAAUGUUGUUCUGAAGCUAUUUCCUUGUGGCAUUUUUUUUAUCCGCCACAAGCCAUUUCCUUGUGGCGGAUAUUCUUGGGUUGGGGUUGAUUUCAUGUAAUCGAAUGAACUAUGUCAGUAAAGUCGUCCCAGGAACGCAACUCAUAAAUAUUGGCAAUAUCAUUUUAAAGUCUUCUACUUGAAAAUGUAUAAUAUAUGUCUGAAUUGGCGAUAUAAAUGAGUCAGAUUAAAUCAAUUAUUAGAAGAAUUUUUUACUAAGCAACAACAUUUUUGUUUAAUUUAGUAAUAUUUUGUAUUUUGACAACGACACCCGAUUUGGGCGUCGAAACGUUAAUAAAAUUAUUUUUUCAAUUUAA